CGAGAUGGAGACUUACCACAUCCCGCAACCCAUCCCAUUGUGUGAGGUUGGUCUCCAAAAGAAAACGGGACGACGGCCGUAGGCAUUUUUGCUCAAGAUUUUGGUUCUUAAUUCCGACGUUGAUUAUUGUCCCUCGCCGCUACCCCGUCCGCAAUGAAGAACGCUGGCCUGCUCUUGGCGGCCACGCUCGCCAGCCUGUGCAGCGGAGCGAGCGUCGAUGAGAACCCUCUGGGCAAGGUCCUCGAGCUCAUGGAUUCCUUGAUCGCGAAGGUGACGGCAGACGGCGAGGCCGAGGACAAGGCGUUCACCGAGUACGUGGAAUGGUGCGACGACACCACCAAGACGCAGCAGUACGACAUCAGGACCGCCGACACCGAGAAGGCGGCCCUGGAGGCGGCCAUUGAGAAGGCCGCCGCCGACAUCGAGGCCUCCGAGGGCAAGAUCGGAGACCUGGCCGGCAAGGUGGCGCAGGCCGAGAGCGAGCUGAAGGAUUCCGCUCUGGUCCGCGAGAGGGAGGCCUCCGACUUCUCUUCGGCGGAGGCGCAGCUGAUGGAGGCUCUCAGCGCGCUGUCCCGCGCCAUCGGGGUCAUCGAGAAGGAGAUGGCCAAGAAUCCCGCCGCCUUCGCGCAGAUGGACACCUCCAGCGUCCAGGGCCUCGUCGCCGGCCUCUCCGCCGUGGUGGACGCGAGCGGCCUCGGCUCGGCGGACAGGGAGACCCUCGUGGCCUUCGUGCAGGGCCAGCAGCGGGCCGCGGACGACGUCGAGGACGCCGGGGCCCCCGACCCCGCGGCCUACAAGUCGCACAGCACGGGCAUACUGGACGUGCUGGAGAAUCUGAAGGCCAAGGCGGAGGAGCAGCUCGCCGACCUUCGCAAGGCGGAGUCCAACGCCAAGCAGAACUACGCGCUCCUCAAGCAGAGCCUCGAGGACCAGGCCGCGUACGACACGAAGGAGAUGAACGAGGAGAAGGCUUUCAAGUCAGAGACUGAAGAGGGGAAAGCUACCGCCUCCAGCGAGUUGAAGACGACUGCCGCGCUGCUCGCUGACACGCAAGCGUCGUUGUCGAACGUGCAGGCGGGCUGCAUGCAGUUGGCGUCCGACCACGACGCCUCGGUUGCGAGCCGCACAACGGAACUUAAGACGCUGGCCGAGGCCAAGAAGGUGCUGACGGAGACGAGCUCGGGCGCCGUGGAUCAGACGUACUCGUUCCUGCAGGAGUCCCGCGCCGCCUCGCAGCUGCGCACGCGGUCGGACCUGAAGGGUACGGAGGUGGUGCAGUUCGUGCGCAGGCUGGCAAAGAAGGAGCACUCCGAGGCGCUCUCGCAGCUCGGCUCCCGCAUCUCCGCGCUCCUGCAGUACGGCGCCUCCGCUGGCGAGGAUCCCUUCGUGAAGGUCAAGUCGCUGAUCAAGGACAUGAUAAAGAAGUUGGAAGCCGAAGCUUCGGCCGCUGCCACGGAGAAGGCGUACUGCGACGAGCAGAUCGCCAAGACAGAGGCAAAGAAGUCCGAGCUCGAGGACGACGUCGCUAAGCUGACCUCCAAGAUCGACAGCAAGAGCGCCAGCUCCGCCCAGCUGAAGGAGGAGGUGAAGGUUCUGCAGGGUGAGCUCGCCGCGCUCGCCAAGGAGCAGGCCGAGCUUACCCAGACCCGCUCCGACGAGAGCGCGGCAUACGCGAAGGCGAAGGCGGACCUCGAGUUGGGGCUGAUGGGCGUGCGCAAGGCCUUACAAGUCCUCCGCAAGUACUACCAGGGCGAUGGCGCAGCAAUGCUGCAGGCAAGCGAUGCCCAGCCAGCCAAGCCCGUGUUCCACUCUAAGGCAUCCGGCGCGGGGGGCAGCAUCAUCGAUAUCCGAAGUUUUGGAGUCCGAUUUCGCCAAGAAUUUGGCCGACGAGGAGGAAACCGAGAGCGACGCGGCCGCGGCCUACGAGAAGAGGACGCAGGAGAUCAAGGUGUCCACCGCCAUGAAGAGCCAGAGCGUGACAUACAAAGUCCAGGAGUUCAAGGGUUUGGAUAAGGAUGUGAAUGAGCUGUCCUCCGACCGUGCUUCCACCAACACGGAGCUCGACUCCGUCCUCGAGUAUUAUGGCAAGGUGAAGGAGCGCUGCAUCGCAAAACCGGAGACCUAUGAGGUGCGAGCGGCGCGCCGCCAGCGUGAGGUCAAGGGCCUCAAGGAAGCUUUGGCGAUCUUGAGCGACGAGACUGCGCCAGCAUUCCUGCAGGCCCGCCGGGUGCGCGGUGCCCGCCGCCAGGCAGUGCUCGCCGCGUGAGGCACGGCGCGCGCGCCGGCCGCACAGCCGCAGCGUCUACCGAUGAGCACGUCGCAUUGUUGGAGAAAAG